CGUCCUGUCUCAAACAACGUGUGGCUACAAGUCAAAGAUUUCUCCUCGACAGAAGAAAUUUUCAUUGAAUUUUAACGAAAUCUUGAAAAUAAGAUGUAUACCUUUAGUCGUUAGAUAUUAACUUGUUUUGUGUCAUCAUGGAUUUUAAAACUAAUCGAGCAGCUGUUUAUAUCUUUCUUGUUACUUUGACUUUUUGGACUUUAUUUCAUGGUGUUACCUCGAAGCCUAAAAUCAAACAUUUGAAAAAGUCUGAAGAAUACAUAAACAAUCGAUCAUCAAGACUUUCUAAAGAAGGAAAGCUGGCAGAAGACAGUGACGAAACUGUUCACAAGAAAGGAGGAAAACGAGCACCAUCCGAACCAUUGCGUUUCAAACACGCUGCGGUAUCAUCAGAUCACCAUCUCUGCUCUGAAAUGGGAAAAGGAAUUUUGCAGAAGGGUGGGAGUGCAGUGGAUGCCGUUAUCACUGUGCAAUUCUGCGUAGAGGUUGUGAAUUCACAUUCAACAGGAAUCGGUGGCGGUGGAUUCAUGCUUGUUUUUGAUAAGAAGACAGGAAAAGCGAGCUCAAUUGAUUUUAGGGAGACUUUGCCACUUGGGUACAAAGAUAACAAAAAUAAGACUCAAGGUGAAACAAUUCUAGUACCUGGUGUUAUGCGAGGCCUGGAGCAUGCUCAUAAAAAGUUUGGCAAACUGAAAUGGGCCGAUCUGUUUCAGCCAGCAAUUGAGCUUUGCGAGAAAGGUUUUAAGAUCCAUGCAGCGCUUGGUCACGCCCUUGAGAAGAAGAAAGAUUAUAUAAUGUCUCAUCCUGGAUUGAAAGAGCUUUAUGCACCACAAGGAACAGUGCUGAAAGAAGGUGAAAUUUUAAAAAGACCAAAACUUGCUGUAACUUACAAAAAAUUAGCAAAGGAAGGAGCAGAUGCAUUCUAUACAGGCUCUAUGGCGGCACAGAUUGUCAAGGAUGUCCAGACCGCAGGAGGGUUUAUGACAUUAACAGACUUAAGUGGAUAUCGAGCUAUCGAGAGAGGGCCAUUGAGGACCAAAAUUAAUGGCCUAGAAAUGCUGACAACACCGCCACCCGGAAGUGGUGCUUUGAUUUCUCUUGCAUUGAAAAUUAUGUCUGGUUUUAACUGGACGCGAGAUGACAUCAGCAAUCCUGACAAAUUACCGAUCACAUAUCACCGAAUAGUUGAAUCUUUAAAAUUUGCUUACGCUCCAUUCACAUACCUCGGAGAUCCCAAAUUUACUAACCACACAAAAGAAGUUAUUCGAUACAUGCUUGACGACAAAAUCGCCGAAAACAUGCGACUUAGAAUCGAUAAUGUCUCGCACACAGUCAACUACUACGGUCCACACAGCACAGCUAAACCCGAAGAUAAACGCGGGACCUCGCAUAUUUCGGUCCUAGGCCCUGACGGAGAUGCCGCAGCAGUAACAUCUACUAUCAAUGCCUACUUUGGAUCAAAAUUGAGAUCGACAAAGCUUGGAAUCAUUUACAACAAUGAACUGGCAGAUUUUAGUGAGUUCUGGCCUAGUGUGUACAAUUUAGAGAAAGACAGAAAAAUACCAGGGAAACGGCCGAUGUCGAAAUCAUCACCAACUAUCUUUUUGGACAAAAAGAAAAACGUAAAAGGUGUUUUUGGGGCAGCUGGAGGAUUUUUCAUCCCUUCUUGUUUGACGAUGAGUAUCGCAAAUUGGCUGUUCUUCAGAGACAACAUAAAAGAGGCUAUCACAAGACCGAGGCUGCAUUGCCAACUCUUCCCACCUACUGUUGUUUACGAGCCAAAUUUCCCCCAAGAUUUAAUUCCAAAGCUACGAAAUUAUUCACAUGCUUACGUUACCAACAGUACGUAUGAUGUCUCAGGUCAACUCAAUGCUAUUAUGGGAGUAGUACAAGCCGUUGUAAGAGAAGAUGAUGGUAAAAUUGCAGCAGAGGCUGAUUAUCGAAAAGGAGGCAAGCCAGCUGGUUUCUAGGCAAUAAGAUUAUAAGGAGGUAUCGAAACUGUACAAAUAUUGAAUGGGUUCAAGAAAAGACUAUGUUAGUUCAGACAAUUUUGCAAUUUGUAAUAAGAUUUAUGGUAAUGAGGCUAUCAUUGAAGGUUUGCUUGAUUCUAAUGGCGUCCAUCUGCUAAACAUGUGUGUGUGGCUGUAUUUAGUCGAUUACAGAUUCUUUGAUAUCGAUUUGA